AUGACUCCGAACACUCCGGAAACGACGAGCAUACCGCUAGACGAUGCAGAGCCGCCAAGGCUACACACAAAGUGCAAGACCUGCCGUCAAGAGAUUCCUCUUCACUGCACAGGUCUAGCUGAUCUAUUGGCACGCUUCACGCCAGUCCAAGACAGCGUGUUAAAUUAUCUUGCCAUCCGCGACAUCGUUGCACUUUCUCGGACUACCAAGGCGCUCAGUGGAUGUGUUGGUAUAGUGGAACGCACGCAGUUUAAUGUUAACGAAAGACUGAAGCGCUUCUUUGAGAACCCGAAGGCGUUUCGUUCGCUACAGGCAAAGCACAACAUCGUCAUUGGCGGUACCUUCGCGCUCGGCUUCAUGUCAAGGAAGUAUCUAAACGUCAACUUACAAGAAGUUAAUACAUGCUUGUCAGACGAACUUCUCGUGCAACAAGGAGCACACGCCGAAGCUCUAAAGUCCUUUCUCGUGAGUGAAGGGUACAAGCUCACAGGCACGAGGCCUACACCAACUACACCAAACCACCUGAUCAUCAUGGUCCGUACAAACGCCCAGGAACUGCGACGCGUGGCAUUCGUCGAGCUGGAGACACCUCCGUUUUCCGGAAUAAGGAACGCUGCAUUCACAAGCGACGUCAAUUUCAUCACAUGGAAUAAGGCCUACUCGGUGUUUGCGUACCAGACCUUCAUCUUGCAAGAGGGCUAUCUACUCAAGCACGUUGCGGAUAUAGCAGCGGAUCGCACACUGAAGGUGUGGGACAACAUCGGCAUCAGCAUCGCUCCCAUUCAUUUCCAGGACGCGCUUCAGUUAGAAGCCAGCACUGAUUCAGGAGCCAGCGGUCCAGGAUCAAAGAUGAUGAGAAAGAGAUUGAUAGGCGACAGACACUCAUGGAUAAUAUAUCUCGACACGGAUGGUAUCGAACCGCCGCCGUUCCAAGAUAAUUCCUUCGACUAUGCCGGGUUCGAAGUUACGACGUCCAUUAAGAACACGAUUUUUCUGCCGUCGCCCGGCCCAUUCCCUCCAUUCGACCACUACACCAUCAAGAUGACAGUGCUUAAAAGCCGUGUCCUGCGCCAUGAAUACGCGUUCGCUGAUCGAGCUCGCGUAGAGAAUUGUCACUUCAGGGAUCGGGCUGUUAUGCAGCUUUACGCUCUACCGAGUGAACAUCGACCUCGGGGAUUUGCUCAAAUAUUUGCCCUGAGGCAGAUGAUCGAUUUGAGCGGUAUCGGUGACUUUGUGCCCCCGGGAGGAUGGAUAUUUCACGACGACGAGAUGGUCAAGAUGUUGGAGAUGAGGUAUCCGGGGGCUGUACGAGUUAUUGAGAGGGGAAAAUAG